CCUUUCUCUUCUCUCUCACUCCCGAGGCCUCACAUAAACCACUGCGGAAUUCAUCAAAACGAACACUUCUCCUUCUUGAUCUUCGGUAUGUGCGAGACCCUGAUUCCAGUUUUUUGUUUUUAUUUACAUAUGCAUGAGAGCUGACUGAGCUCUGUUUUGGAACCCAAUAAUCUGAUCUCUCGCAGAAAGAAUCGAUUUUUAAAGCAAACCAGUCUAUGUAGGGAUCCGCUUCAGCAUCAAUUUUUGUGUAAUUUCCAUGUCUAUUUUCCCCUUAUUGUUCAUUUUUGGUGUAAAUCAAUGUGAGAAAAAGGAAUCCCACCUCUCUAAUUCAUGGAUGGAUGUAUUUUUAGUUGUUGGAUUUCUUAUACUCCUUGUUUAAAUUCGUUGGUUUUGUGGUUUUUAUGUUGUUCUUUUGGUGACCCCAUUAAUUAUCUCGGGGUACAUUGUUUCCUCGUCUAAUAUUUUGUGGGUGGGGAAUUUCGACCAUACGUGGAUUGAGAAAAAGCUGUAAUUUCUUUCAUGAUUAUAUAUGCAUGCAAUUGUUAUUUUCCAAAUUUCUAUUCAAACCUUCAUUUGGCUACUUCUUGUUAUGCGGGAUGAGGUUUGAUGAUAUUAGAUUUUUGGUUUGCCUUUCUAUUUUUCCUUUCAUUUCGGGUGACUAAAUGUACUUACUAUAUUUUUGGGGUUAGGGAUUGGGGGCUGAGAUAAGGGCAUUAUUGAUUGAAAAUGAAUGUUUGUUUGAGCGUUUGUUUUUUGUUUUUAAUUUUGUUUUUCUCUAUUUUUUAUUGUAGGACACAAUUUGAUGAUAAUGUGCAAAUAUUUUGGUUUUGUUGACGAUUUUGGGAAAUUGUGUGCUACGUGUGAUGUGGUUUGUAACUCAUAACGGCUUGUGUACAUCUGUUGACUUUUUUAGGGUGCUCUUUCGAUUGAAUGCUACCGAGUGAUGCUUAUAUGCAUGUACGUAGGUUUUCCUUAUUCCUCGUGCUUGUCGGGGGUUGAACAAGCUACUUGAUAUAGGAGGGAUUGAAUGCGUGGUCGUAUUAAAUUGGCCUUUAAUAGUUUGGAGUGUCGGGAAAUCUUGAUAGUUUACCCUUUCACAUUGAGUUUUUCUAUCUUUGCUUGGUUCAUUUGAGGAAUCGAAAAGUGUUGGAGUCAGAGGUGGCUGUUCGUCAGUGCUGGAGAUUUGUUAUGUCAGUAAACAAAGCUGAGUUCAUUUGUAUGCUUACUCACCCUGAUAUACUUUUCUGUACCUUUUAAUUUGCCUUAUUUAAGGAGAACAGCUGCUAGCUACCCUCCAUUAGUCUCCCUCUGAAAAAGCAGGAUAGGAAAAGGAAAGUGAGUAAUUGAUGUAUUCCGAUUGAAAAAGAAUGAGUGCAUCUUUAGUUUGGAAUUCUUCAGCAUAGCAUUUAUCUGUCUCAUGUCUAAAGUACAGCGCUAUCUUCCUCAUGAAGUAUGCUGCUUUCUCUGUUCAUUAAAAGUGACUGCUAGGCGUAGAUUAUUCUAUCAUUAGGUAAAUUUGCACAAGCAUUUGUGAUAUCAACUUCACAUGUGUUUACUCAAUGCUCUCUGCCUGCUCAGGCUUGUAUGUUUUCACGUGUAUUGCUAUUCUGGUUAUUAAUUUUUUCGUUUGUUUUCCUUUCAAUUUUCUACUUAUUGGGGAUGCUUUUCUGAACCAUUGUUUAAUCCUCUCUGGUGGGAAAUUAGUCUAUGGCAGUGCUGUUAUAGUUUCUUCUUUUCAUAAAUCAAAACCCUAUUCAUGGUCUGAAAUGAUUUUGCGGACACUUGGAAAUAAUUGAUGUGAAUUUGUCGCGUCAUGAUGCAGGAAAUUCACGUUAGUUUAAUUAAGUUAAAUUAGGAAAGAUUUGUCUGAUAAUUCUGGUUUCUUCUAGAACCUUUUAGGAUUGGUCUUUUUGGUAAUUUUCCUUAUCACGAGUAUUUUAGGGUUUGGCUAUUUAAGAGUCUGUAGGGUGAUACGUUUCAGCAGUUUUCUGAUUUGAUAAUUUUAUUGUAGAUUGAAAAUUAGAGGUGGCUCUAAUUUCUCUCUCUCUCUCUCUUUUUUCUUUUUUUUUUCUUUUCCCCCCCCUCUCGAUCCUCUCUUCUGUGGUUUAUGCAUCUAGUUUGUACCUGUCUGCCUUAAGCCACCAUGAAGAGAUUUGGACAAGUUUUUCUUUCAAGUGUGUGGAUCAAGGACUUCGUUCCAUCUAUCUUAGCCCGUGUGUUACUUUCUGCCUCUAGAUACCUCUAAAAAGUAGUCAAGAAGUGGCUUCCACAGUUUAGGCAUCCAGCGGUUUACUUGUUUAUCCAAGAAGUACGUCAUACUAUCAGCUGGGGCAGCUAACUAGGUUUUGAAGUCCAUCUCCUUAUAUUUGGACUGCAUUCAGGCUUAUUAGUUAUUUCAUUUUAAAAAUAUAUUUUCUCUUCUUGUUUCUGAUUUAACAUGACGUGGUGUCUUCUUUUGUGAGUGUAUAUCUGAGAUUGGUCAAUUAUAAUUCUAAAUUUCUUCAGUUUUUAGUAUAAUUGAGCUCACCAAUGUUAUUUUAUCAAAUGCUUUGGUCUUCUCUGCUACUGUUACUUAUCCUGGUGGACUUAUGUUGGAAAAUUUGGUGCGGGUGCUGUUAUGUACAAAAGUUUGAUUUCUGAAUUGUAAUUUUGCAAUGGGAAAUGGGAUACUUGUUGUGCUAUGCUCAUUUGCUUUAGUUGUGCAGGUAGAAGAUUUCAAAUGCCGAGGUGACUGGUCAAAAAGAAAAAAAAAUUUUGGUGAACCCUGUCAAAGGUUCAAUGAGUAAUUUAAAUGCAGGUUUGACACUAAAAGCAAAGAAAGAAAGUACUGUUGAUGAAUCUGCUUUACCUGCUGUUGGUGAAAGUACUCAGACCAUGAUUAAUGUUUCUGAUGAAGAACAGGGAGAGAAGCUACUUAUUGAGAAUGGAGAGAAUAAUUCUUCUGAAUCUGACAAAGGGGAAGAAAGCCAAUCUAUUGAGAAUGGAGAGAAUAAUUCUUCUGAAUCUGCAUUAAAAACUGUUGAUGAAAAUUCUCGGACCAUGAUUAACGUUGCUUGUGACAAAGGGGAAGAAAAUCAAAUUUUUGAGAAUGGAGAGAACAAUGUGUCUGAAAAUGCAAAUAAUGAGUUGGUGGUUUAUGAUCCUGAAGGCAAUGAUGGGAGUGAAAUUGUUCCAAUUUCUGAACCCAAUACAUCUGAACCUCUUCGCAUGCGAAGAAACUCAUUUUCUAAUCAAGCAUCUAGAUUGUUGCCAUCUGUUGGUGCUUUUACAGUUCAAUGUGCAAACUGUUUCAAGUGGAGACUAAUACCAACAAAGGAAAAGUAUGAAGAAAUUAGGGAGCAUAUUUUGGACAAUCCUUUUGUCUGUGAAGCAGCUCGUGAAUGGCGGCCUGAUGUAUCAUGUGAUGAUGAACCUGAUAUUGAACAAGAUGGUAGUAGGCUUUGGGCAAUCGAUAAGCCCAAUAUUGCUCAGCCUCCCCCUGGGUGGCAAAGGCUUUUAAGAAUCAGAGGUGAAGGAAGCACAAAGUUUGCAGAUGUGUACUAUGAGGCUCCUUCCGGCAAGCGACUGCGUUCUAUGGUUGAGAUUCAGAGGUUCUUGGAGGAGCAUCCCGAAUACAAAACUGAAACAGUUACCCUGGACAAAUUUUCAUUUCAAAUUCCAAGACCCCUGCAGGAUAACUAUGUCAGGAAAAAACGUCCAGCCCUAACACAUGAGGAGAAGGAACUUGGAGUGAAGCCGAUAGCUUGGGCUGACCCUGAGGAGGAUCUGGAUUUGAGUCUUGGUGGUCCGAGGCAACUUACUUAUGGCGAUCCUUUCCCUGUAGCUGAUUAUCAACCACGGAAGAGGAAGAAGGCUUCAUCCAAGAGAGGUUUCAGCGGUGAUUCUGUAGGUAACCCUAGCAAUGUCAAAGGGGAGACUCUUCAACUUUGAUUUGGAGCCCAUCGAAAGCUCAAGUCUUAUAUGUCUACCCAGUUAGUCAAGGUUCAAAACUCUCUGCCGUUCAUCUUCAUGAGGGCGAUUGUGGUCCAAACUGGUGUAACUGGGCUUAUGUAGAACUGGUGGCUAUACUUGAUAUUUGCCCCCCUUUUUUUGCUGUUUUUUUUUUCCUUUCUUUUUCUUUAUCAGUUUAGCAGGUAUUUACAUGAUAAGUUUUUUAAAUGGAUGCUUGGCUCGGGAUUCAUUAUGUAAGAAUUUGUUUAUAGUAGGUACUGGUUUAUAAUGUUAACAUGUUGCUUCAUCAUAGAUGGUGCCUGCCAUGCCAUUGAGUUCAAUGCUAUCUUGAUAGUAGACUUUGAUUUAUGUCAGUGGCGGUUGCAUUACUGGGCGAGGAGUUAUGGUGGCCAUAGUUGCAACAAAAAGGUGGUGUUGCAGUUUUUUUUCCAAUCUUCCUUCCUGACUAGGUUGGAUAGUGAUUGCGUUGCUCAUGCCUGAAGCAACCUAAUGACCUAUCCCUGCCUGACAACUCUAAACUGAAAAUAGGCCAGUGAAAGCUUUGAGGCCAGCACUUGAUGAAUUUGGUCUUUCUGAAUAGUGGCUAAAUGGUGUAGUUUGACAAUGCGUAUGUUUUUACUGUGUUGUUUUAAGUGUUUGACAUUCCCUUUCGUUCAAAAACUCAAACAAGUUAAAAGUAAUUUGCCUGUAAACGUUUAUAACAUGACAAAGGUUAACUGUGGCACUGCAUACUGAAGUCAAAUACUGCUUAAGUUAACACAUCUGAAAAAUCUCAGACACAAUAGUGAAAGGAACUUGAUACAGAACAUGUCAAGAUGCUGCCCCCACCCCUAAGGAUAAGCUAUAAACUCGGAACACCCUGGGUGAUUAAGUCAGCCUGUUGUCCUUUUGGGGGACGUUUUGUAAAAAUGUAUCGAUACACCCAAUUCAGUCUACGGGCAGAACCAGGGAGAGGAGGUAGAAAAAGCAGCUGCGGUCCUUUAGGCUUCAAAACUUCAAGAUUGGAUGAUAUAAGAACAAAUAAUUUGGUUCAAGAGUUGGAUUAUCCAAUCCUUCCAUGUGUUUCUGCAGUUCGUACUCAUAAAUUGUCCUCUCAGGCUUCGGAAUGGUGUCUUCCUCUGCAUGAUAAAGUCAAUUGUUUAGUAAGGUUUUUUCAUGAGUGCGCUUUGAGUAAAAUUAUUUCUACUGGAGAAGUUCCAUGAAUAGAACUAAAAAACUGGAGAUGAAUAAGAGCUAUCUCAAUCCCUGAUCUAGGAAGUUAUGAAACCCAUUGGGGUCUGAAGUAGACACACAAAUCAACAAAGUUUGAAGUGGGCUUCUUGAUUUGUUCAAAUAUCCUACUGAAGCAACUCACUGUGUCAAGUGAAUCUGCUAGCCUACUGAAGCAACUCACUGUGUCAAGUGAAUCUGCUACAGCAGCAGCAUAUUGUGCUGGAAUGGUAUUUCCAACUAGUCUUCGAGUAAAGUAUCUGUUACCUGACGAGUGCCGCUGCAUGUAAAUAUUUGUAGUUGUCUCUGGUUUAUGUUUGAUGCAUUGUUUCACCUUUGCACUAUUGUAGCCAGGACACAAGCUACAUCUGGAGAGGAACAGAUUGAUUACCUGACAGGUAAUCUUAAUUCUUUAAAGUCAAACUUAAGAGUUUCAGAGUCCAUCUUCAAUCCUUUAAGAUCAAAACUUUUCAUGUCGAGUUUGUUGCAGAACCAAUCUUGGACUCACUUGUACUCACAAAAUGGACCCAUUCUUACAAGUCAAACAUCACACACCAGAAGGGAGGAAAGAGAACAAUCAGAAGCUCCAGUUAUAACAGCACCCUUGCUAUUUAAAUGUAUCAAGUAGUCCAAAGCUGCUUCAGAGAUAACCUCCCCAGGGAUUAGUACUGGUAUGCCAGGUGGGUAAGGACAUAAAAGCUCGCCACUGAUUUGACCAAUACUAUCUUUUAUGGCAACUUUUCUUUUAUCAGCAAAGAAAGCCUCUCUUGGGGAUAGACUCAUGUUACUGUUUCCAAAGGGUGCAACGAGCUCAUAAUCAUUCUCACUAUACACUGUGCAUUCGGUAUCUGCUGAAACUGUAACUAGGUGUUUCAAACCAAAAAUGAGCCUCAAGACAUGCUCUUUUCGAGUUCCCAGAUUAAAUGCUAAUGUUAUAGAUUGAGUCCCAACUAGUUCUGAAACAAGCCCCACGCCCUUGGUUAAGAUAUCAUCAGCUUCAAAGCCAGAAAGACCAAGCAAUUUUGUUCCAAUUGUCACCCUCAAGGGAUCAAUAGCAGGAAACUGGGGAAAACUUGCAAUGUCGAGGACAGAAAUGUUGGGAAUUUCAUUCAUCAUGCGUUUUGCUUCCACUGCUAGUUCUACUGCCUCAUUGAAAACAUUUUCUUUGUUUUCACUAACCUGAGCCCUUGCAGCAUCUAACGACGCCAACAGAAGAUAACUUGGACUGCUACUUUGAACUGUUUGAAGGCAUCU